AGUAAUGCAAAUCAAUAUAUCAUGUGUUUUUUAACUUCAUUAUUGGUGCCAAUAUUGUUUCAAAAACUCUUCUUAUGGGAGCAACAAAUCAAAUUAACAUAUGUUUUUCAUCCGUAGCAACGCACGGGCAUUGGCUAGUAUAGAUAAAAAAAUAAUUAAUUACACAACGCCAAACAAGGUCAAACGCUUCCAGUUCCAGAGUUCCAAUUGGGAAUUGGGAGCGUCAUGCCGGACCGGGCCAGAAUCCGCGCCGCCUCCCCAGUCGCGGCGCGCCCUUGGCUCGCCUGGCGUCGGCGUCGCGGCUCCCGAAGUCCGCAUGCGCCAUGCGCACGGCCCAAAUGGACACCAACCAGAGAACACCGCCGCACAUCCCGCGGCGUUUCCUUUCUUCGGAUGGCGCGUCACGGCGUUUUUUUUUCCCCAUCAGAAAUCAGAAAAUUUAUAUAUAUACAAACACCGGACAUGCGCCCGGGCGCUCUUCCCUCCUCGCCGCCCGCGUCGCGUCCUCCUCCUCUCCACACCGAUGCGGCCACCACCGCACGUCGCCACCUCCCCGUCGGCCGCCUACCACGCCGGGUCGUCCCGGCGCCGGCCCCGCCACCGCGGCGGAAUCGGGAGCGGGAUGACGAUGACCGUCUCCUUCUGCCGCGUCGCGGCGCUCGUGUCCCUCCUCGCGGCGGGCGCGGCCACGGCGCUGCUCACCUUCUCCCUACCUUCUUCCCCCGGCGUGUCCACCACGAGGAGAACCGACUUCGCCGGAGCGUUGCCAGUCGCGAACGAGACGCCGCCACUGCCGCACUUGUCGGCACCCGCCACGCCGCCCCCUGCUCCGCUGCUGCCCCCGCCCGCCGUCAGGCCUCGAAAACGAGAGCCGUCGUACUGGAGGAUGGCGCCGGAGGUGGCGCUGCGCUACGCCAAGAAGGAGAUACGGAACGCCGAGCCGGUGGUCGACGACCCCGACCUUUACGCGCCUCUGUUCAAGAACGUCUCCCAGUUCAAGAGGACGGCCGGAGGCCCAUCUUCCACACGCCUCCCCUCAGCGGCAUCUACGCCUCCGAGGGCUGGUUCAUGAAGCUCCUCAAGGAGAGCCGCCGGCACGUCGUCGCCGACGCCGGCAAGGCGCACCUCUUCUACCUGCCCUACAGCUCCCAGCAGCUGAGGCUCACGCUCUACCAGGCCGACUCCCACAACCUCAGGCCACUGGCCGCGUAUCUCAGGAACUUCGUCAGAGGCCUCGCCAACAAGUACCCGUUCUGGAACCGCACCAGAGGAGCCGACCAUUUCCUUGUCGCCUGCCAUGAUUGGGGACCUUACACGACGGCCGCGCACCGCGACCUCCGCAAGAACGCCAUCAAGGCGCUGUGCAACGCCGACAGCUCGGAGGGUAUCUUCACCCCAGGGAAGGACGUCUCCCUGCCCGAAACGACCAUCAGGAACCCGAGGCGGCCGCUCCGGUACGUCGGCGGCCUGCCGGUGUCCCGCCGGAGCAUCCUGGCGUUCUUCGCCGGCAACGUGCACGGCAGGGUCCGGCCGGUGCUCCUCAGGCACUGGGGCGACGGGCAGGACGACGAGAUGCGGGUGUACAGCCUGCUGCCGAACCGGGUGUCCCGGCGGAUGAACUACAUCCAGCACAUGAAGAACAGCCGGUUCUGCCUCUGCCCCAUGGGGUACGAGGUGAACAGCCCACGCAUCGUGGAGGCGUUCUACUACGAGUGCGUGCCCGUGAUCAUCGCCGACAACUUCGUGCUGCCCUUGAGCGAGGUGCUGGACUGGAGCGCCUUCUCGGUGGUGGUCGCCGAGAAGGACAUACCGGACCUCAAGAAGAUCCUGCAGGGGAUCUCGCCGCGGAGGUACGUGGCCAUGCACAGCUGCGUCAAGCGCCUGCAGCGGCACUUCCUGUGGCACGCCAGGCCAAUCAAGUACGACCUCUUCCACAUGAUCCUGCACUCCAUUUGGUUGAGCAGAGUGAACCAGGUUGAGCUCGAGGGUUGAAAUUAAUGUAGUGUCAAGCUUGCUUCAUCUUGUCUUACGGCAGCUUGCCUACUAUGUUGUAUAAUACUGUAUAAUAUAUACAAACCAGUAAGGUUCGUCAGAUGUUUGAGAUCGAAUUGA